UCCGCUUGAGGCGGCUUGAAGUGGUUUCGUUUAAACUUUUCUUUCUUUCGCAAUUUUUCGCUAUCUCCAAGUCUCGCCAUGGAUAUCAAAACCCUACUAAACAAUCUUCAUGAAGAGGUCUCCUGUUCUGUGUGUAUGAACACAUUCAAUGAUCCGAAAACGCUGCCAUGUUUACAUGCCUUUUGCCUGCAUUGUUUGAACGAGAUUCUUCGAACGAGUGGCCGCCACGAUAUCAUCGCAUGCCCUGAAUGUCGGAAAGAGAUUCAAGUUCCUAGAAGUGGAAAUCUUGAGGAUCUUCCAACUAACUUUCGCAUCAACAGUCUCCUUGACGUGUUGGCCAUCAAAGAGUGCAGUGUUACUGGAGUUAAGUGUGGAAAUUGCGAAGAGAGCAGCUCCCAAAGCUUUUAUUGCUUCCAAUGUUGUGCUUUCUGGUGCGAGGCUAACUGCAUCAGUCUUCACAAUGGAAUAAAAGCGAAUAAGGAACACUGUGUAUUAGCGCUCAAAGACUUUAAAGACCAAGAUUUUGAAAAUGUUUUGAAGCGACCGGUAUUUUGUCGCAACCGUGGCCACGAGAAUAAGGAAUUGGAGUUUUUCUGCAAAGAUUGCCGUGUUGCAAUUUGCCAUUCGUGUGUUGCCACUUCUCAUGACCGUCACGCUAAGAUGCUAUUGGAAGAAGCUGCAAAUGAACAGAAAUUACAAGCAAUGUCUGCGAUUGAAAAUCGGAAGAAAAUAGCAUUGAAGAAGAGGCGAAAAAUUGCCCAACUUGACUCGGAUUUUGCCAAAAUUCAAGAACAUGUUGCCAGUGUAAAGAAAGGCGUGCAACAGUUUGUCGACAACAUGAUGGCUGUUAUCGAGGCACAAAAGCAAGAAACCUUUGAUGACUUAGACAACAGAGCUGCAGAAUCCAUGCAUCGCCUGAGGAUACAAAGAGGUGAGAUUGAAAAACAAGUGAAAAUAACUGAAACAGGCAUCGAAGCUGCUGAGGCAAUUCUGCAACGGAACAUUAGCGCUGAAAUCAUUCAGUCAAACCAAAUUAUAGAAGAAACAUUUCAGGGUCAAGUUGAGUCAGCUUAUCCUCGCAUUGGCAAUCAAAGCAUUGUAGAUUUUGGAUUUGUGAGAAAUCAACGAUUGUUUGAUCAUGUAUGGACUGACAGAAUUGGCUUUGUGAAAGUUCUACCGACAAGUCCAACUGAGUCGAGCGGCUUCGGAAAAGGAAUCAGUGAACCGAUUAUUGGACUAGAAGCAAACAUAAUGUUGACAACAAGAAAUGCUAAAGGAGAACAAUGUUAUGAAGAACGUGACUAUGUAACAGUGGAGAUCAAAAAUCAAGAAGGCCAUGACUGUGCAACGGAGACUCGAGUCCUGGAUAACAAAGAUGGUAGCUACAAGAUCAGCUAUUUUGCUAAAGAAACCGGAAAAUGCCGUGUGUCUGUGAAGGUCAAUGGAGAGCACAUUCGUGACAGUCCCUUUGCGGCUGAAGUAAAACCCAGACAGUUAAGACCCGUGUUAUCCUUCGGAAAAUAUGGUGCGGCCAAGGAAGAUUUUAGAUAUCCCUGGGGAAUAGUAGUAAACAAACGCGAUGAAAUUGCAGUCGCUAGCAAUGGUAACAACAGGGUCCAGGUAUUCAGUAGUGAUGGAACUUACUUAAGAUCAUUUGGGUCUAAGGGGGAUAAAGAGGGAGAGUCUAACUCGCCUACAGGGAUUGCAAUCGAUAAUGAAAACGGAAUCGUUUUCAUAGCAGAUACAGAGAACCACCGAAUUCAAUUUUUCAGUGGGCAGGGAGAGUUUCUGAACAAUUUUGGUGAAAAGGGAAAUCUUGAUCACCAACUCGAGUUUCCCCACGGGUUAUCUUUCGGUAGUGACGGAAAUUGUAUUGUGGCUGAUACCGGAAAUAAGAAAAUUAAAUUAUUUUCCCGUAGUAUAGGCUCCGAGGGUUCUUUCACAGUACCCAUUCACUGUAUCCAGUAUAAGGAAUAUCUUAUAGCAUCAGACUUUAAUGAACACUGUAUCAAAGUUUUUGACAAAGCUGGACAUUUUCUGUACAAAUUUGGAAAGUAUGGAACAGGGGACGGGGAGUUCAAUGGACCUUACCAUUUGUCAAUUAACAAAGCUGAGCACCUGAUGGUCUGUGAUACAAACAAUCACAGAAUUCAGGUGUUUGAGGUGAAUGGAAAGUUUGUUGGAAAAUUUGGCUCAAAAGGAAAAAAGGUAGGACUAUUUACUGGACCAUUCUCUAUAGCAGUCCUCAGUGAUGGUAGGAUAGUUGUUACUGACUUUCACAAUCAUCGGGUUCAGAUAUUUGAGUAGCCGUAUCCUCUGUUGUCUUAUAAUAGUGUUAUGAUAGUGUUAUAAUAGUAAUAUCAUUAAUCUUUCCGGUUCUUUAAACAUUAUUGACUACAUGUGAAAGCUUCUUGUUACAUUUGUAGGUUGAAACUUGUUUUUUUCACAAUGUUUUACGACCGUUCACUCCAGUUGUAGCCAAGAAGAUUACACGCACAAACGAGUUACAAUAGACAUAGCUCUAUAUCCAGAGAGUUGAGUAUUAAUUUCAUAAAGGUUUGUUAACUAUAUUAGCUUUUUUUCUGAAAGAGAAUUUAGUUCGAUAAUUUGUCAGUUUACAAGACUCGAUUUGGCGAUUCAUUAUGUACUCUUUGAGACUGACUGUUCACCUCUGAGGUAGUAGUUAGUGGUCAGGGAGUGGAUUUUUUCUGAUUUUGUUGUUGUGGUAGUUGUUUUUGGAUUUGAUCAAAUUCAGUGCGAAAAUAUAUCUCUAAUAAGGAGGGAUUUAUUCUAAGAUCACAAACCUACCGUCUAUUGCACCUAUAAACCCAUAAAAAAUUGCAAGUUCAUUUUUUUAGAAGCAGUAGACCGCACUUUCUGUCAUUAACUGGUGAAAUAAAUACUAAUAGAUCACUAAUAUAAUAAAUCACAAGCUGGAGGCGAGUGACAUCAUACAUGGGUCAUUAUGCAGGUAAACCGAUAUAAGGUGCUGUGUCCUUAUUAAAUGGAGCCUGAAUAGGAGACUUAUGAUAUCUGUCUGUGUUUUACCCAAUAUUGAUGGAAUGGCAAAUACUCACCAAAAAGGCACCCAAAUUGUACAUGAUUCUCCUCAUGAAAAACUUCACACGCACAUUGAAAUUGAAUGGAUUUUCUCAACUGGUCUUGGAACAGUUCUCUUUUUAGCUGAGAUUACAAUACUCUGUUGGGUUAAGUUUUACAAUUACAGUAAGCCUGCAGCAGUGGCUGCUUCUGUGGUAUUAGUAGCAGUAUGCAUUGUCUUUGUAUGGUUUGCUGUGCAUUUUUACUGAUCUCUUGUCCAACACAAAUAGAUAUUUUCAGGGAAUUGAAGAACUUUAACAGAUUGCAAACCAACUGUACACAGAUACAAGGACGGCAUCCAUGUCCUAAUCCCGGGGUUUCAGAUAGUUUCCCUUGCGAACUGAAUUCCCAGUUUUCUGGGAAUUCCUAGGAAUUCCUAGGAAUUCUAAAAAAUUCCCAAUUAUGCAAAUGACCCUUGCAAACUGAAUUCCCAGUUUUCUGGGAAUUCCUGGGAAUUCCUAGGAAUUCCUAGGAAUUCUCAAAAAUUCCCAACUAUGCAAAUUAACUCUGAUUUAAAAAGCUUGGAAUUACUGGGAAUUUCUGGGAAGGGAAGACUCUAGUUUUGUGAGGACUUGGAAUCCCUAGGAAUUCCUAGGAAUUCUCAGCUUUACAAACUACCUAUAAUUUAAGAAGUGUGGAACUCUUGGGAAUUUCUGGGAAUUGAAUUUGAGGCAAUUUUAAUACCCUGAGGUCCACAUAAAUUCUAAGAAAUUCUCAAUACCUUGAAUGUGAAGGUUUUAAGAAAAGGAGUAAGGAGGCUUAAAACU